AUGACUUUAUGUGCCAGUUCGAACAAUCCUGCCACUUGUAUUGAUACACACUUCCUCUACACAUUUCAUUCACGAUACACAGCUGAUUGUAGUGAUACUAUUUUCCAAGGACCAUGCUAUGCUACUAUUGCAAUAGGUAAAACAGAAGAUGUGAUUGCGAUUUCGUUCAAAGGAAGUGCCAAUGUGAACAACUUCAAAACCAACGGACAAAAGCAGCUUAAUGAUUUGACAAUGGCACCUUUCGAAACAUUUGGAAAUGUCGCAGACGAUUAUGUGACAGCUUUCGAAAGGCUUUGGUCAAAUGGCCUGGGAGAUGCUAUGAUGGAACUCUCUAUUGAAUUUUGUGAUUAUACCAUUUUGGCUGUGGGGCAUUCCACUGGAUGCUGUCUAUCUCAAAUGCUGUUACCCAAACUAGUCGAUCUAGAUCUGUUUCCUCCUUCUCGUCUGAUUUUCUAUGGUUAUGGUUGUCCCAGAUGUGGAGACCAAGAGUUUGCAGCUUCUGUUGAUAGUUCCACAACUAAUGCAUGGAGAGUGAAUUGGAUAGACGAUAACAUAGUGAAUACUCCAUCUACAACAUGUGCUAGAAAUGCAAAAGCAAAGAAGAGCUCGGGAACUUCUUGUUGGUUCCACUGUUGUAGUGCUGCUGUAGCGAAGAAUGUUUUUCUUGUAGGAUUGCGUUUUACUACUUGCGCUGUGGGAGAGUCUACUACCUGUACAGCGGGAACAAAAAGUUCAACUCACUAUGACUACUGGAACACUGAAUCAACAGAUUAUGAAGAUGUAACUUGCACAUCCACUUCUCGUUUCACUGUCAUGACUUGA